AUGAUUGAAAAUUCAUAUGAGAGGCAGAAUAGUAAUGAUGAGACAGAAGUAGAAGCUUUGAAUUUUAACGAUGGAAAAAUCAUUAAAAAGGGCCAAUGGUUCAAGAAUAAGGCAGAGUUGUCUUGGAGUAUACGAAUGCUUUCGAUUGAACGCAAAUUCAGAAUCAGUGUUAAAAAGUCAGACACUAAAUUGUUAGUUGUCAAGUGUGUUGAGGCAAGCUGCAACUGGAUGGUUCGAGCUACAAAGAGUAAUCCGUCAUGUGAGUAUUUUUGGGUAACAAAGUACAUCGACAAGCAUACAUGCCUUUCUAGAAGAUUUGGUAGACCAAAAGCUCCAUCGAAAGUAAUAAGUAAGCUUGUUUUGGAAACUUUUGGAAAUGCUGGUAUAAAUAUGAAACCAGGGGAGAUCUCUACAACUAUGAGAAGAAGAUAUGGUCUUGAUUCAACAUAUUGGAAGAUAUGGAAAGCUAGAGACAAUGCUCGGGAAGAGGUAUUGGGUACUCUUGAAAGUAGCUAUGCUCAACUCCCUGUAGACAUCCACAAGAUUAAGAAGGCUAAUCCCGACGCAAUAGCAUGUCUGGAGGUUGAUGAUCUUCAACGGUUUAAGUACCUGUUUAUUUCGUUUGCUGCUUCUGCCAAGGGUUAUGAGUUCAUGAGAAAAGUUGUUGUAAUGGAUGGGACUUUUUUGAAAGGGAAAUAUAAGGGUGUUUUAUUAGUUGCAACGGCUCAGGAUGGUGACUCUAGAAUUUAUCCUCUUGCAUUUGGAAUAGUAGAUUCUGAGAAUGAUGCAUCUUGGGAGUGGUUUUUCACCAAGUUGAGGUCUGUUGUAUCAGAUGUUCCUAGAUUAGUAAUAAUAUCUGACAGACAUCGUUCUAUUUCUAAUGCAAUUGAGAACGUGUAUCCAUUGGCUCAUUGUGGAAUUUGCACUUAUCAUCUACUAAAGAAUGUCACUGGUCAAUCUGGAGGAAAAAAGAUUGCUCGAUUGGUAAAGACGGCCUAUCAUGAGAUUCAUGAGACCGUUAGCAAGGCGAAAGAGGAUGAUGCAGAUGGAUGGGCUAAUAGAAAAGAGGUGACAGAUGAGGAAAAUGUGGUGAUCUUGGCUGCAUCCCACAGAGGUAAAUGGCUCCCAUCUCCAGAGAAUUGA